AAUUAAAUGCUUUUCGGAGACUAUAAAACCUUAGUUUUCUCUAUAAAUAAACUAUUCUCUUUUCUUCAAAAAACCAAAUCCAACACUCGCCCAAAAGAAUGGCUACAAAACUCAAUCUCCUCUUCACGAUUUUGCUUCUCACACUAACACUCUCUCACUCACGCCCGGCCCGACCCGAAUCAUCAUCAUCAACCGGAUCCUACUCGGAUCAGCUCAAGAAACACUCUAAAGAUAACUAUAACAAGGGCUAUGGAUCAGGAGGAUACCCUGGCCUUACAACCGAACCAGCAACCGGUUUUAUUUUACCGGGUUCCGGUCCUGGCGGUAGUUACAGCGAACUUAGCGGCGGAUAUAGCAAAGGACGUGGGGUGAGACUAACGGUGAUGUGUGAAGAGAAAGGUCAUUGUUACAUGAAGAAGCUGACUUGUCCGGCAAAGUGUUUCAAGUCUUUAAGCCGGAAAGGCAAAGGAUACGGUGGUGGUGGUGGUGGUUGCACCAUUGAUUGUAAGAAGUGUGUGGCUUAUUGUUGAAAUGUGAAUGUCGUGGGAAAUUUUUAUUUAUAUAAUAUAAUAGCAUAUAGUCUUUAGUUUUUAUUUUUGUUUUCUAGAUUUGGUGCGUUUUGAUUUGGUCAAUAUACCCAAAAUAUUGCUAAUGGAAUGGAGCAACCCUAGCAAAAAGAGAACGGUGCUGUC